GAAGAGAAAGAAAAAGCUCCUCCUUCACAACAUGGCGACGCAGUGAAAGGUCCAUGCUGUUUUUGUUGACAUUUUUAAUGGUCUUUAUUCUCUAUUCGUUUGUAUACAACCACCGAACAUGUCGAGACUCAUCGUAAAAAACCUUCCUAACGGGAUGAAGGAGGACAGGUUCAGGUCCAUGUUUGCUGCCUUUGGCACUGUCACCGACUGCUCACUGAAGUUCACCAAGGACGGGAAAUUCCGCAAGUUUGGUUUCGUUGGGUUUAAAUCAGAGGAUGAGGCGAAUGCAGCCCAGAAACACUUUCACAGAAGUUUCGUGGACACGUCCAGAGUCACUGUGGAGGUGUGCAAUGCAUUUGGGGAUCCCACUAAGGCCAAAGCCUGGAGUAAACACACUCAAAGCUCAGACCAAGACAAACAGCCUGCUCCUGUUGACACUGGCAGUGAAAAGAAACAGAAGGAAAAGAAGAAAAAUGCAGUUGACAGCACUAUUGAAAAUCUGGAAAAUGACCAGGGAUUCCAAGAGUUUCUGUCAGUCCAUCAGAAUCGAAGCCAAGUACCAACCUGGGUCAAUGACACACUGCAGCAAACAGCUGUGUCCGACAACAAGGCAAUCCAGGCUCAGAGCAAGAAAAAGCCUGCUUCAGACGAUUACCUGAACUUUGACUCAGAUGAGUUUGAUGAUGAGGAUCAAAAUGAAGAUGAAAAUGAAAAAGGUGAAGCUAAAGUUGCUCUGAAGUCUGGCCUGUCAGAUAUGGAGUACUUGCGCUCCAAGGUGGCACAGACAGAUGACACCAUGGAAGAGAAUGAAGAAGAUGCAGAUGAUGAUGAUGAUGAAGACAAUGCUGAUGAAGAUGAGGAUUUUGUUUCAGUACAGCAUGCUGACAGUGAUUAUGAGAGUGGUGAUAGAGAAAAAAGCUCAAAAAACAAACUUUCAGCUUCAGAUGAUGAUAAGAAACAGAAAAAAGACAAGAAAAGUGCCAUGCAGGAGAUGGAGCCAACGACAGAGUUCACAGUGAAGCUGAGAGGAGUGCCGUUCACUGUUAAAGAGCAACAGAUACGAGAGUUCAUGACCCCACUGAAACCUGCAGCUGUUAGGAUUGGAAGAAAUGAAAGUGGAAACAGAACAGGUUAUGUGUAUGUGGACUUACACUCCCAAGAAGAGGUGAACAAGGCUUUAAAGAAAAAUAAAGACUACAUAGUUGGUAUUAUUGUGUUGUUAGGUGGUCGUUACAUCGAGGUGUUCUCAGUAGACGGCAGUUAUAGGGGCAAGAGAGACAGAAAAGACAAAGAAAUUGACAGAAACUUCACCAGGAAGCUGAAGGAUGAUGAAGAGGAAGAAGAUGUUGCAGAGUCUGGGCGACUUUUUGUCAGAAAUCUGCCAUACUCCUGCACCGAGGACAACAUCAAAGAAUUGUUUGAUAAACAUGGUCCUACAUCUGAAAUUCACUUCCCAAUCGACGCAAUAACAAAGAAACCGAAAGGAUUUGCUUUUGUGACCUACAUGAUACCAGAGAAUGCGGUGACAGCUUUUACUCAGUUAGAUGGACAUGUAUUUCAGGGAAGGAUGCUUCAUCUACUUCCCUCUACUUUAAAGAAGGAAAAGACUGCACCUUCAGAGGCUGGAGGUCCUGGCUCUUCAUCCUACAAACGACAAAGAGAUGCAAAGACUAAAGCUUCAAGCUCCAGUUCACACAAUUGGAACACUUUGUUUGUUGGCACAAGUGCAGUUGCUGAUGCCAUUGCUGAAAAGUACAACACGACUAAAAGCCAAGUUCUGGACCAUGAAACCAAGGGGAGUGUUGCAGUAAGGAUGGCCCUGGGAGAGACACAAAUUGUGCAGGAGACACGACAGUUUCUUCUAGACAACAGUAUCAGUCUGGAUUCGUUUAGUCAGGCAGCAGCAGAGAGGAGCAAAACAGUCAUCCUGGUCAAAAACCUUCCUGCUGGAGUGUCUGUGUCAGAGCUGGAGGAACUCUUCUCACCUCACGGCUCUUUGGGUCGAGUACUGCUUCCACCAUCAGGACUGACUGCCAUCAUUGAGUACCUGGAACCAACUGAAGCAAAACGAGCCUUCACUAAACUGGCCUACAGCAAGUUCCAUCAUGUUCCACUGUAUUUAGAGUGGGCACCUGUUGGGGUCUUUGUGGCUCCUAAACCUGUACCAGUGCAAGUGAAAGAUGAGUUGGCAAAAGAAGAGAAAAAGUUAGAAGAGGACAAAGGUGAAGAGAAGGAGGAGGAGGAGGAGGAAGAAUCUGCUCCAGGCUCCACGCUUUUCAUCAAAAAUCUAAAUUUCAGAACCACAGAGGAGACAUUACAAGAGACAUUUGCUAAAUGUGGAAAAGUCAAGUCCUGCAGCAUCUCUAAGAAGAAAGAUAAAACAGGUAAACUCCUGUCCAUGGGCUUUGGUUUUGUCCAGUAUCACAUGGCAGAAGCAGCACAGAAAGCCCUGAGGCAGCUGCAGCGCUCCACUGUGGAUGAUCACCAGUUAGAGCUAAAGAUUUCUGAAAGGGCUACAAGAACAUCAGAAGUGACCCGCAAGAAGAAGCAGGUAGACAAGAAACAGACAGGAUCCAAGAUCAUGGUGCGCAACGUUCCCUUCCAGGCCACUGUCAGAGAAAUCCGAGAACUCUUCUGUACGUUUGGAGAACUGAAGACAGUCCGUCUUCCAAAAAAAGCCACUGGCUCUGGGAACCACAGAGGAUUUGGAUUUGUUGACUUCCUCACUAAACAAGAUGCCAAGAAAGCAUUUGCCGCUCUGUGCCACAGCACUCAUCUAUACGGGAGACGUCUCGUGCUGGAGUGGGCUGAUGCUGAGGAAACUGUGGAGACACUGAGACGAAAAACGGCAGAACAUUUUCAUGUUGUGUCCAAAAAGAAAAGAAAGGCAGAGGUGAUGGAGGGAAUUCUUGAAAAUAUGGAAACAGAUGGAGCCGCAGAAGACUGAAAAGUCCAAACGCUUUAUACGAUCAUCUUGGAAACACAGACCAAUACUGUAAAAAACAUAGUGAACUUUACCCAGAUGUUAUAGGUAUAUAUAGCAACCUAAAUGACAUUUAAGGUGACUGUGUGUAUCAAAGAGUGAGAGGUUGUUGUUGGCCCAUUUUUACAUACUCUGGUCAUA